AUGCCUUUACCACCCGAGACACAGCAUCUGCUAUUGUCGCACGACUUUGACUCUUCCGUGGAUGAAGUCCCUCGCGAGCCACAUUACACGCGCGCCGACCUCCUCUCACUCAGCAAAAGCCAGCUCAUAGCCGCCUUCCUCGAUCUCCAAGGUCGCGCUGAUCAGUAUCUGUCGCACAUCGAAUCCUCGCUGCGCGCACAACAGUCCCAAGCCGAGCUCCUCACCUCGAUCGAGCUUCACCUUGACAUUCCCCCUUCCGUCACCGAAUCCCAUCACCAACAUGUCGCCCUCGACCACGCCCUGACCUGGAACGAGAUCUACGGCCCCGACAGCGACCUCCUCCUCCAAACCAGCACUCUCCAAACCCAAGUAUUCACCCGCCGCUUGACCUCCAUUCGCGACCACAUCCGCGAAAGCGGCGGCGGCGGCGCCAGCAGCAGUAGCAACUUUUCCCCCUCCCCUUCCUACUCUUCCAACGGAUUAUCCCUCAGCCCCGCAACUCUCUGCAAACACGUCCUCUCUACCACCUUCACCCGCAUGGCCCCCGGUUCCUUCGUCGCCGGCUCUGAUAACCCCGAAGAGCAACAGAACGUGCUCUCGUUCAAGCAGGUCGCUUUGGGAAUGAGCAUUCGCGAGUUUAUCGAGUCCUUUGCUGAAGACGAAGGUCGCGCCGAAGAGGACGACAACGAGCUCUGGAGGCGGAUGGAGACCCCCCUGCUGUGUGCCUUGGCAACCCCGGAGAUGUCCGAUGCGGCCUGGAACCGGAUGGGAUUUUUGGGUGCUUGGUUCCGUGCUUUGAGGUCAGGACAUUUUGAGGUGGAGCGGAUGCGGUUCUUGAUGGAGAUGCAGAAGGAUGCCAGGGAAAAGACAAAGACUGAGAGAGCCGUGCCCAUGGUUUGUACGGAGUGCAAGGAAGAGAAGGCGGCGGGGAAUGAGGUUGCUACGAGGCUGGUCAAGGCCCAGGCAAUGCUGUUGGAGUGGUGGAAGGGAGGAAGGGAGGAGGUGGAGAGUGUGGUGGAGGGGAUUGUUGAGAGGUUCAGGGAGGAGGAUCGGAAGGAGGCGAAGAGGGCUUAUGAGGAGUUUGCGAAGAGUAUGAGGGGGGUUGUUACUACUGCUACUGCUACCGAUGAUGCGGAGGCAACGGAGCAAGGACAGGCAGGUCCAGGUCACCCGGUGCUGAUGCCGCCUGAUGAUUUGAGCCAUGCGGGUAGGUAUGAGCCUGAGUUCCAGCCGAAGGAGAUCAACAGCUUGGUCAGGCAGGCUCAUAUGGGGGACUUGUAGAGUGGAAUGGAGUAGGUAUGUGUUGGAGUUACGGCAACAGAGUGCCAAUCGAAGUCCGGAAGCCAGCAAUAUCUUCCUGGGGAUCAAAGUGUGUUACCCUACUUCGGGAAGGUUGUGUACCAGUAUUGACGGAAAAGGGGUUUUGGGCUUACUUACUUGGAGUCAGAGGCCCGUAUGGGGGCUCAAUAUGUUCGGCAGGGCGGCUGGUUGAAAGAUAGCUUAGUUGUAAAUCGCUUUCUGGUGUUGCAUCAUUACCUUCCAGGCAUCAUUGUGGGGCUCAUCAUCAUCUGGCCGGCAUUGGGGGUGAUUCAAAACAGGACCAUAUCUGUUGGAGUAUCUCUGGCUGUUACAAGUAGCAUAUUAUCCGCAUAGUUUUGAUUGUGUAUUAUCAUCAGACAACAAUACUGUACUCAGUCAGAUUGUCAACCAUU